CCUCGCACCGCCCAUCGCCGCCACUACCGCCGCCCUCCAUCGAUCUAGGGUUUCGAAAACCGUUCACAUUUCCCUCUAAAUGGAAGACAACAAAUCAACAAACCCUAAAACGAUACAAGAAGUAGCAGUAGAAGGACAAAAGCAUUUAGAAGACACAAUAGAAGCAGCACAUCAAAUCCUCUCUGCUAUGAACGAUGAACUCUGUAACCCUUCACUUUGGUCAUCCACUACUACUCCAAAUACCGUUACUUCUAACGGCGCCGUUUUGAGUAACGGACAUCAUUUAAACGGUGACGUUUCGUCUGAUAAUUCUUCGGGUUCUAAUAAUCCUUCAGCGCAACAUAUGGAUAAUAUUGGUGGCGGUGCGCUUGAUGAAUCGAGGUUGCGUUAUAAGUCAUCUGUUUCUUCCUUGCGUUCUGUUCUAACCGCAAUUUCUAAUUCCCAGAAGGCAAAAGCAUUGGAAGCUGCUUCUGCUACUGGUUCACUAUCUGCUGCAGAUCAAGCUGAAAUUGAGCAGCUGGAGGGCCGCGUCUCUACAUUAAAAAAGGAGCUCAUAGACAAGAACAAGCAACUCAAGCUUCUGAUUGAUCAGCUUCGAGAUCUUCUUUCUGACCUAUCAACAUGGCAAAGUCCCUGUUCUACAUGAAUUUCUGCUGCUAUUACUUCAAGUAGAUAAUUCAAACCAGAGAGAUGUCAGAUGUCAAUGGAAUUGUGUUCAACUCUAAGAAGCUGUUCUUUUGUACAGAGGUUACUGCUAGAAUCCUGUGCUUUUAUGCAACUUAAUGCUGCUCAUGGUGCUACGAUUGUUUCUGUUUAGAUGUUCUGUCUGCUCCGAAAAUGGGCUGAAAAGUUGUACAAUUAAUCUGUUAGAGCGGGAAUACUGAAGGAGGGAAAAGGAGAAUGCUUUUGAUCUUUUAACUUAUUAUAGAAAUAUAGCCGCCCAGUGCACGAAUCCCGUGGUCACCCUGGGUCCGGAAAGGGCCGCACCUAAGGGGUGGGAGGUAUGAGUAGGCAGCCGACCUUGGGCAAACAUCAGAGGUGUAAUGUAGGCAGCUGACCUUGAGCAAACAUUAGAUUUCAUGGCUUGAACUCGUGACCUAAAGGUCAAACGGACAAUUUUAACCCCUCUUUUGAUCUUAACUUAUUAUGCUAAGUUUUAUAUUGAUGUGCACUAUAAUUUUCUCCUCGCAGCUAAUUGCGCCUUGGUUUGCUCUAGUGAUGCGCUUUGUGUCAUUUCCCCAUUAUUCAGAGGCACAGCAAUAACAUAGAGCUUUCGGAAAAUAAGCUGAUGUACUAUUGGUCUUUUUUUUUU